GAGGCCGUUCCGUCAGUGUUUUCGGACGCCCAGCGGUCGCGGCUUCUUGGGCCGAUCUUCAGCUGGCACAAUUACAGGCCGCGCAGCAGCAAAGGAUGAAUGGAGCUCUGGGAAAGGCGCUGUGUCUGAGGAAUGACACCAUUUUUAAGCAAGCCUUUUCCCUCUUGAGGUUCAGAACAUCAGGAGAGAAUCCCCUCUGUUCUGCAGGUGGCAUUCUGCUGAGCAUCAGUCGGCACUACAGGUCACAGCCCACGCAUGGCAUUGGAAGAUACAAGCACCUAGUUAAAGCACAAGAGUUUCUUUCUGUUUUGUUUCCUGUUCAGCCCAGGAAGAAGAGGGUAAAAGUGGAAGUGAGACCCAUUAAUUUGGGGACAGAUUAUGAAUAUGGGGUUUUAAACAUUCACCUGACUGCAUAUGAUAUGGCCCUGGCAGAGAGUUAUGCCCAAUAUGUUCACAACCUCUGCAACCAUCUCUCCAUUAAAGUCGAGGAAAGUUAUGCGUUGCCCACCAAAACUGUGGAGAUGUUGCAGUUGCAGGACCAAGGCAGCAAAAUGCUCCUGGACUCAGUUCUUACCACCCAUGAGCGAGUGGUUCAGAUCAGCGGUUUGAGUGCUACAUUUGCAGAGAUUUUCUUGGAAAUAAUCCAAAGCAAUCUUCCUGAAGGAGUCAAACUGUCAGUGAGAGAGCACACUGAAGAAGACUUCAAAGGAAGGUUCAAAGCUCGGCCAGAACUGGAAGAACUGCUAGCCAAGUUGAACUAGCUCACUGCAGACCCUUUCAUGCCAGCACUGGUGAUACUGAAUGGCAACGGGAAGAGCUUCCUGGGUGGCCAAAGUUAAGCAGGAGGGUCAGGAGACCCUGACCCUCAAUAUCAUAAGUACCCAUCUCCACAGCCAGGAGUGCCUCCUCUCCUCUGUGGAGGAGUGCCUGCCGAUUGUCACCACUUUCCUUUGAGCCAACCCUAGGUAUCUUCCAUCUAAUAAAGAUCUGCUGUUGAUGGG